AUGGGCGGGAAGCGCAAAGGAAAGGGUCGCGGCAAAGGUGCACGUAAAAAGAGAAGGCAGAUGGAAGAAGGCGAUGAACCGCCCAAGAAGAAAGGCAACGAGAAAGCUGCGGCCAAAGAAGCCGCCAAGGCUGCUGCAGAGGCUGCACGGCGUGAAGAGGAGUUGAAGGAUGAGGAGCGGCGACGCAAGGCAGCUGCACGAAGAGCCAAGCCUGGCUUUUCAAAGCUCUUGGAAGCCUUUGGAGUGAGCCAACAGCCAUCGGAAGAUGAAGGAUCUGACGGAUCCGAAGGAUCUGAGGACGAAGAGGAUGAAGCAGAGGCCGAGGGCCCCGAGGGCCCCGAGGGCCAAGAUGGAGAGGAAGGAGGUCCAGACGUGUCCCAACUGAUGGAGGCGGGCGAGGGUGAGGAAGAAGAGAUCUUCGAAGAUGCAGAUCCGGAGGAAGACGACGAGGAAGAGGAAGAGCCGGUUGACCUGUCUGGAGAGCAGGACAGCGGCCUGGACUUCUUUGAGCGUUUCUGGGAAGAUCCACCACAAGCCCUUGAUAAGAAGUCGUCAGGUAGCACCGCAAGGGCCACAGGCGUGGCACGUUUUCGCUUGCCAGAGCUGGACCGAUGUGAGGCACAUUCCUGCGAAGUUGAGGCCUUGGUGAAGUCGUUGGAAUCAGGCGGCAAAACGCCCGUGCCUGAGACCUUGUCAAAGUCCUGGUCCUAUUUUCGCCUGGCGCCAGGUCUUCGGAAGAACUGGGAAGCGCUGUUGGAUGCCUUGAAAGACAAGAAAGAUUUCUCCUUGGGGUCAGCUGAAGGCGCCUUCUUUCUCUGCUUGCACGUCUACUUGGACGUGUCCUUUCCCCAACAGAACCAUCUCAAUGCCCGAGCCCUUCGUGCGUUAUAUGCGCUGCAUGUGGUGGACCACCUGCGAAAGGCUCGAGGAGAAGAUCCUGGCCACCCAGGUCAAGCGGAAAAGGGUUUCACCACCGCGCGGGUCUUAGUCUUGUGCCCCUUCCGUUCCGUGUGUUACGAAUUUGUGAAGCUGUUGAUGGCCCUGAUGCCAGAGAAGAAACAGGUGAAACAUAAAGACCGCUUCGAAGAGGACUUUGGCGCCCGGGAGGAUGACUCCUUUGCAUCGAAGCCUGCAGAUUAUCAGCACCUCUUUGGAGGAAACAGCGAUGAUCGUUUUCGCCUGGGUAUAGCUUUGUGGAAGAAGGCCAUGCGGCUUUACGCGCCUUUCCACCGAGCUGAUAUCCUCAUUUGCUCACCCCUGGGUCUACGGCAGAUCACCGGAGCCGAAGGUGAAAGGCGCCGCGACUACGAUUUCUUGUCCUCGGUGGAGUUGUGCAUCGUGGACCGCGCCGAUGUGCUGAGAAUGCAGAACUGGGAACACGUGCAGGAGGUGAUGCAGGUGGUGAAUCGCAAACCUCAGGGUUUAGGCAGCAUCGACAUCAGUUGCCUGCGGCCCCAAUUUGCCGACGGCCGUGCCCGGGAGUUCCGGCAGACGGUGGUGACCUCGAAUGGUCAAUCCCUGGAUGCGGAUGCGCUUUUCAAGCUGUCCUGUGCCCCUGCAGUUUCUUCGGCGCCGAAAGAGAAGUCCCUCGCUGCGAGGCUGCGAGCCCCGCAAUUGGGUCGCUCCAAGAAGGGUCGCACACUGGAUCUGAACGCAGAUGAGGAUGAGGAAACCGGUUGGUCGCUGCAGAUGCUUAAGUCGAUGGAGCCGAAGGAGGCCGCAGCCGGCUCCUGUCGUGGCAUUGCCAAACUGGUGGGGCAACCUGUGCCACAGAAUCGUAAGAGCCUCGAAACUCUGGCAGAGCAACUGGAAGAGUUGCAGGAGGAGGAAGAGGAAUUCAUCCACCAUGAGAUUUUUGAGAAGAACUGCUACGAACCCCUGCAGCCCAUUGACGGUGCACCUUUGAUUGUGGAUGUCGGCGCCAACGUGGGGCUGUUUGCCCUUUGGGCGCGAGAGCGUUGGACAAAGUGCCAACUGAUUUGUAUCGAGCCCCUUCCGCCAAACCUGGAAAAGUUGCAGGAAAACUUGGAGGAGGUGAAGGACGUGCUGGUGCUCGCCGCUGCUGUGGGCGCUCAAGAUGAGGUGGCCGACUUCGCCUACUUUCCCUGGGCGCCUGGGGAGUCUACGAGACAUGCACAGGAGGCCGCUGAGCAGCGCGAGCGCCUCUGGGCAGCAGCAGAGACCUCGGGCGUGACAGCUCCGCCACAGUUGAAGAGACUGGCCACGCCACAGCUGCAGCAGUCCUUCCAAUGCUCUGUGCAGCGACUAUCGACUUUGCUGCGGUCGUCGGGCCUGCAGGGUCCAGUGGAAUUGUUGAAGGUUGAUGUUGAAGGAGACGAGGAGGCUGUUUUCCAGAGCAUCGAUGAAGAAGAUUGGCCACGGAUCCGACAGGUGGUGGCCGAAGUGCACGACAUCCAUGGCCGACUGCAUCGCAUCCAACAGCUCUUGCGACUGAGCACUGAGAAAACCGACAUGAUUUGUCCGCGAUGGUACGCCAUCCCCCUGAACUUCUUGUCGCUACUCGUGGUCCUUUACGCCCUGGCUACUGCACUGAAGUUCAGCGGAGCGGUGCCGGACCUCAAAGAACGAAGCUUCGUGCUGGCGGUCGUCAGGUGGGCCUUUUUGUUGGCCCUGCCAUUUCUCUUCUUCUCCGUGGUGUCCUCUGUCCGCUGCGUGCAGCGGCUGCUGGCAGAUGAGGCGGCCAUGCUGCUCUUCAGGUACUGGAAGGAUUCCACCGACGAUCCCGGUACCAAGGAGUUGCCGGAGAAGUUCCAGGGGGUCUUUUGGUUCAGCACCGAUCCCUCGCCGGAGCUCUGCAUCAACUUCCAGGCUGCGGCCUUCGAUGCCGCUACCAGGACCAUGAAGCUCUAUCCCGGCAGCUCAUAUACAUGGGUCUGGUGCGACAGCUGCGUGGGCUGGUCGUUUUACUUGUUCUUUGCCUUCGUGAACCCCAUUUACAGUCUCCAAGUGCGUUGGGAGGAGGGCUAUCAGAAGGCCUAUUUGCCCAGCAUCCUUUUCGGAUGUUUCAAUAUCGACUGGCUCACGUGCUCUGCAAUGUACAUUGAGCAGAUGGAUGAAAGCGAAUUCGCCCGGACCACCUAUGUCCUGGGGCGUCCUUUUAAGCAUGGCUCAUACUCCCUGAAGAAGGUGGUGGACAAAGAUGGACGGCCACUACCUGCCUUCGACGACAUGAUCUUGCAGGAGAAAGGCUUUGAGGUCGAAGUAAAACAACAACUUCCGAACGAAGAAGGAGGUUACUUUGCCUUCGUCCCAGAGUCCUUGCGGCUGUUCCACUUGCGUGCUGCACGGCCAAGGGGCAUCAAACGUGGAGGCGAUGGUGAAGCGCCCGAAGAGAAAAGAAUGGCCGGACAAGAAAAGAUAUCCGCGGCCGCAUUUGCAGAAGGGGCUCCACUUCGAGAGGCCACUGCGUUUGGCAUUUCGAGACAAUUCUUCCUCCACACGCCUUGCGAGUCCUUAGCGCAGCAAUCGGAUCGUCUAUUUGAAACAUUUGAAACGAGAUAUUGGCGCCCGUUGGGCAGCAGCUUAGAAGGACUCCUGGUGGUGGCCACGACCUACUACAACUUCUUGCGUUUGAGGAGAUUCUUGCGUGAGGAGGGAGCGAGUUUCAGUUCCAUCUUCGAAUACUCCACACCGAAGGCCGUGGGCCACGCGCGACAACACUUCUUCCAGAAUGAGCGGCGGCUGCUCCUGGUGACGGAGCGCUUCUUGUGGUACCGACGGUUUCGAUUGAAAGGCAGCGGGCACGUGUUUUGGAAGUUGCCAGUCUGGUCUGUUGAUGGAACUGGAUUUUGA